AUGGAUGACUAUGCAUCAGAAUUGUCAAAGAGUAGUAUCAGAUCUCGCAGAUCAUCAUCUUCUAUUUCACACGUGUCUUCUGUACGCCUGAAAGAAGAGCAGAAGAAGGCUGAGUUAUUAGUCAAAGCUGCUGCAUUAAAAAAGAAGCAUGAGUUAGAGGUGGAAAAAGUGAGGUUGAAAAUGGAGGAAGAAGAGCUGGACAUAAAGACGGAGAUGGCUAUUUCUGAUGCAAGAUGGAAGGUACUAGAUGAGUACGAUUUUGAAAAUGAACAUAGCAGCAGACAAAGUACUGGUUUUGGUAAACAAAACACUCGACAACCGAUGGAUUUUAGUGACAGGGAUCCUUUGGUUAGUGACACUCACAGUGUUGCAGUUCCAAGGUUUACACGUGACAGGGAGAAGGAAAAUGAGUCACUUCCUGAAAUGAAAUAUUAUACACCAGCAGAAACACCUGUAAAUUUUCCAACUCAGCAGGUGACAGAAGAUCCCUUGGGAAUGAGCACUACAUCUGAUAGUGCAAUUGCUACAGUAAUUCGGCAGUUGAGGAAACCAGUUACAGAUCUCAUGGUGUUCAGUGGUAACCCGUUGGAGUAUCGAAAGUUUAUGCGACAAUUCAAGACCAAGAUACUUGUGAACACUGAUGAUUUUGAUGAACGUCUAAACUAUUUGGAACAGUUCACAUCUGGAGAAGUUCGCAACAUAGUGAGUAGCUAUGGUUAUUUAGAUGCGGAACAAGGAUAUCCUGCCGCAAUCAAAGAGCUUCAGCAGAGAUAUGGAAACGAAGAUGUGAUAGUGAAUGCUUUUAUUCAAAAGGCAUUAGAAUGGCCCUACAUCAGAGCAGACAAUUCAAAAGCACUGGAUGAGUACGCCGUAUUCUUGUCUGAAUGUGAAAACGCUGUUAAAAGCAACAUUCUUGACAAUACAGAAAACAUCCGGAGAUUGAUUACGAAGCUACCCUAUCAUUACCAAGAAGGAUUCAGAAAUAAGAUCCAAAGCAUCCGUGCUUCAGGAAAAAGUGUAAAAUUUUCAGAUCUGGUACAGUUUGUUCGAAAGGAAUCAUGGAAAGCGAAUGACCCAAUGUUUGGCAAAGAUGCAUUGCAGAACAAGGACAAACAUGGAAACACUAACAGGGCUACUUUGAAAACAAGGAAUCAACUUUCACGAACAAAAUUGACUUUGGCAACAGAAGUGAAUACCCCUCAAAGUUCACAGGUUCCAAGAUCACCAGCAUCACCUCAACCUCAGACAAGUAAGAAACAAACAGGUCAGCCACCGCCUGCAGAUAGGAAGUGUUUAUGUUGUGAAUCAAACCAGCAUUUUGUGAGUGAAUGUGAAAAAUUCACUGCUCUGUCGUACGACGAAAUAGUGAACUUUAUCAGAAGUAAAAGACUUUGUUUUCGAUGCCUCAGAAAAGGACAUCUUAGCAAGGAUUGCAGAAGUAAUAUCACAUGUACAAAAUGCCAGCGUCGACAUAAUGCACUGCUUCAUCGUGAAGAAGCUCAAGUGAUUCAACAUGAUACGAUACAGACAAGUUCUUGCCUGAGUUCUGAUAUGGGGGUCGGACUAGAAACAGAUGGCACGUGCACUAUGGUGAUUAUGCCUGUGAAGGUUCUGAUGAAAGGUGGGUUAAGAGCCAUAGAGACUUAUGCUUUUUUAGACCCAGGCAGCAGUGCGUCUUUCUGUACUGAAUCAUUGAUGAGACAGUUGGGAGCAAGUGGCAAGCCAAUGAAGCUGAACAUUGACAGUAUGGGCAAACCUAGAACUAUCAACACCUAUGCUGUAUCCGGAAUGCAAGUUUGCAAUCUCGCCAUGGAAAACCAUGUUGCACUUCCCAAGAUGUUUACUGUUGAAAAGUUGCCAGUGUCAAAGAUUCAUAUUCCAACUUCAGAUGACAUAAAAGAUUGGACUCAUCUCAGGGACGUAGAGAUACCAAUCAUAGAUGCUGAAAUAGGUAUCAUGAUAGGCAACAAUAUCGCAGAUGCCUACACACCUAUAGAGGUACGUACUGGACCCGAUCAUGCUCCACAUGCAACUAGAACCCGCCUUGGUUGGGCGUUGUGGAAUGUGACUAGACCUGCGAGUGCAACUAGAUGUUUGGAAUCCAUAAGAUGCACAGUGAACAGAACAGAUGUUGCAGUUCAUGAAUGCGAGGAGUUCAAACAGCUAGAUAGGAUGGUGCGACACUCAUUCAACAUAGAUUUCCCCGAGAGGAUCAUCGAUGAUGAGAAGCAGCACUCUCAGGAAGAUAAAGUAUUCCUAAAGGGAGUCGAUGAAUCCAUUAAACUCUGUGAUGGACAUUAUGAAAUAUCUCUUCCUUUUAGGGAACAGAAAGUUAGUUUCCUGAACAACUACUCCUUAGCAUUCAAGCGUUUGAUGGGAUUGAAAAGGCAGAUGGAACAGGAUAACAAAUUUCGUUUGGAAUAUACCGACUUCAUGAAUAAAAUGUUGGAGAAGGGCUAUGCUGAACACAUUCCAGAUGAUGAACCAGAACCAGAAGAUGGACUUGUGUGGUACAUCCCCCACCAUGGUGUGUACCACCCAAAGAAGAUGAAGUUGCGGGUUGUGUUUAACUGUGCAGCCACUUACAAUGGUACUUCACUCAAUCAACAGUUACUAUCCGGACCUGAUCUGACAAAUAACCUCAUAGGUGUUUUGGUGAGAUUUCGACAAGAGAAUGUAGCUGCCAAGGGAGACAUAGAGAGUAUGUUUUACCAAGUUUGGGUAACAAAGGCUCAUUGGAACUAUCAGCGGUUUCUCUGGUGGCAAGACGGGGACUACGAAAAUCCACCAUUGAAGUACAGGAUGAAAGUCCACAUGUUUGGUACUACAUCGUCACCUAGUUGUGCAAAUGCAGCCCUCUUGAAGACCGCUAAUGACAAUGAAGAAAAGUAUGAACCAGAGAUUGCAGAAAUUGUAAGGAACAAUUUCUAUGUGGACGAUUGCUUGUUUUCUGAGCAAGAUGUAACCAAGACUGUUAGUUGUGUGACCCAGGUAAGUUCUCUGUGUCAGCAGGGUGGAUUUAGACUUACUAAAUGGGUAAGCAACAGUGCAGAAGUUCUCGACAAAAUUCUGCCUGAAGACCGAGCUGAAGGAGUGAAAGAUCUCAAUCUAGAUCAACUAGAAACUGGAUCAGAGGAAAGAGCCCUUGGAGUUGUUUGGACAGUGCACACUGACUCCUUAGGCUUCAAAGUUAAUGUGAAAUAUGCCGAUUGUACAAGAAGACAUGUCUUAUCAGUCGUCAGUUCAAUCUAUGACCCAUUAGGCAUGGUUUCACCUUUUGUACUCAAGGCAAAGAUUCUACUGCAAGACAUGUGCCGUCAAGGACUUGGAUGGGAUGAAGAGGUGUCAGGUACUAAGCUCACUGUGUGGCAGCAGUGGAUUGCUGAUCUUCCCCUCUUAGAAAAGGUUUCCAUACCAAGAUGCUACAAACCUUCAGACUUUGGAACGGUAAGGGCAUGUCAACUGCACAUCUUCUCAGAUGCUAGUAACGAAGGGUAUGGUCUCACAGCUUACCUCCGGUUGAAGAAUGAGAUGGGCAAAGUUCAUUGCUCACUGGUAAUGGCCAAGGCAAGAGUAACCCCCAUAAAGAAAGUAACUACACCAAGGCUUGAAUUGACAGCAGCUUGUGUAGCAGUUCGGUUAAGUCGCAUUCUCCAGAAGGAACUUCAGUACAAACUCACUGAUAUCUAUUACUGGACAGACAGCAUGUCUGUUAUCAGGUAUGUCAACAAUGAAACAUCACGUUUCAAGACUUUUGUGGCUAACAGAAUCACUAUUAUCCGAGAUGGUUCGGAUCCCCGGCAAUGGAAACACAUUCCAACUGCACUGAAUCCAGCUGAUGCUGCUUCAAGAGGCAUGAGGAUGGCCACAUUCUUAAAGAUGGAUCAGUGGUUCAAGGGACCAACCUUUCUUUGGGAAUCCGAAGAGGAAUGGCCCUCUGUAGUCAAGGCUUGUGACAAUAUUCCAGAAGAUGACCCUGAAAUGAAGUCUGUAGUGGCUGCUACGGUGACAGAUGAAUCUGUGGACAUUAUGAACAGACUGCUGAACUACAGUUCAUCCUGGCUGAAACUGAAAAAGAUUGUAGGUUGGUUCCUCCUUUUCAUGGAUUAUCUGAAAAGGAAAUUGAAAGAGAAACAAGAAUCAGCAAAACGAACUCAAGAGUGUGCUGAACACUUAACUAAGAGUAAGAAAACCAAAGUGACAGUACAAGAAGAGAAAUCUAGAGGUCACCUGACAGUCAAAAUCAUGGAGAAAGCUGAGGUCACCAUAUUAUGUUACAUCCAACAGCACUAUUUCCAUGACAUCAUCAGUGCUCUUAAAAACCCAAGCAAAGAAUCAAGACUGAACAAGUCAAUUCGUAAAUUGGAUCCGUUCCUCGAGGAUGGACUGCUUCGAGUUGGUGGACGGUUGAGUCAGGCUUCAUUACCUUAUGAAGUAAAGCACCCCAUUAUAUUGCCCAAAAAGUGCUUGUGUCUCAACUGA